AUGGCCUCUUCCCUGGCCGCCAUGCCCCACGACUCCGCGCCAUGGAGGGACCCCUCCACCUCCACCUCCACCUCCAGGCACAGGCGCUUCUUCAACGUCAACGUCCUCAUACCGCCGCCGCGCCACUCCUUCUCCGAGGCCGCCGCCACCGCGCCCGCCGAGCCCACGCCCAGGCGCAAGCGGAUUAUAUUGGAGCGCUGGGCGGCCGCCGCUGCCGCCGCCACGGCCUCCGAGCCGCCGCCUCCCGCCGAUGCGCGCCGCCGCGACAGGGAGGCCGAGCUGUCCGCGCUCGCCUCGGCCACCCGCCCCGUCGCCGCCCGCGCCGCCGUCUUCCGUGAGCCCUCGCCUGCGCCGUCCGACGCCUCCUCCACGACCACUGCCGGCCCGGACCUGCCGCCGUCGGGCCCGCGGGCGUCCUCGCUCAUCCAGCGCUGGCGCGAGAUCGAGGCCGUGGGGCCCGUCACGCCCCGCGCCUCGGGCGACGUCACCUCUGAAUCCGAUGGCUCGCCACGCGGCCGCGUCGGAUGCAUCGUCAAGAAGCUCAGCGGGGCUGCCUCGCUGCCGGAGGAGGACCUGGAGGCCGCCAAUAACGAGCUCGCGCUCUCGCAGUCCGCGCCCCCGUCGCCGACCCAGCUGCGCAACGCAGUCGAGUCGCUCGCCGUUCAUAUCAAGGGCACUCGGCCGCCCAAGCUGGUGGUCAGGACGGUACGCGGGCGCCGCGCAGUGGAGGAGCUUGUCGCUCGGAUGGCACAUCGUCGCAGGCGAGAGCUCGCCGCGCUCGCGGAGCGACACGCCGUCUCUCGCUUCGGGCACAAAGGCAGGAUCCAGUCCAUGCUUCGUCUAAAGCUAUUGCGUCAUGGAGACGCAAUUAACGAUGAAGUGUGGAAUCUACUAAGACCUGUUAGGCCACACCCACCAAAAUGCAGACCUGAGGCAUUGAGAGAUGAUAGCAGCAAGACAGAUUCACAAGAUGCAAAUGAAUGCAGUCCGCAAAAUAAUAGGGCUGAUGAACAACAUAGUGAUGAUAGAAAUCCAUCUGCGGAGAAGUCUACCGGGCUAGCGAUUGAGAGCCUUGUUAACUCCCACGGUUCAGGAAAUCGACAAUAUGAUGAGAAGAUAGACACAAAGGGCAAUCAAUAUGAUGAGAAGAUAGACACAAAGGGAAGACAAGAAAGUUCUAAAGCUUCAAGCUUUGCAAGGUACGGUGAUCAUCGUGUUGUCUACGAUAAUCAAUAUAUGGAUGAUAUCUCCCCAAGUACUAUAAGCACAUCGUGUGAACUUCAAGAAACUCCUUCAUCAAGAGGUGAAACUUUACGAGAAGAAGACAACCAAAGUCUGAAUGGUUCUUGGGACGAGAGAGCACUAUGGAUGAGCAGUCUUGGUUGGCCCGCACCAGUAGAUUCCAUGAGUCCGGACAGCUGGCAUCAGGGUGCAAUUGGGGAUAUGGAGAACCAUAAUCAGAUUGAAUUUAAUGAUCGGCCUUGGAUAGACUCCCCUAACUCAUGGAGAUCAUUGCAUAUUGCCACACAAGCAGACAGUCGAGAUUUGUCUGGCAACGCUGAUAUUUGUAAUCUUCUUGAGAGCAAAAAGGUCUCAAAUUCCCUUGAGAGUGAUUUUAGCAAUAAAAUGAACCAUCUCCUGAGAGCAAUUCUGCAGAAGCAAAGACAAGAACACAUGAUUGAUGAAUUUGGGGGUUACUAUCCAGAACACUUAUACUGGCAACAGAAUGAUGAACCCCGGAAUGAAGAUCAGGUGGCAUCUGCACCGUGUUCAUUAGCACCUGUCUCCCAUGUCACAGCCCACCACCAAGACAAUUGGCAGCACUCAUCAUUAGAACAACAACAACAUGAAAAUCAAAAUUUGCUUGAAAUGGAGGUCAGGGUAAGAAGUGAAAUGGCCCAGAUUCAUCAUGAAAUAUAUGAACUACGUAAGUUGGCAGAAACUUGUAUUGCAUCCCAAGUAAAGAUGCAGCAUUCCAUUAAAGAAGAGGUGUGCAGCGCACUUCGCGAAGCUGGGUUGAUGCCAAGCCAGCCUGACAUAACAGCAAAAAAGGGCACGUGCUGCAUCUGCCAUGAGAUGCAAGUUGACUCUUUACUUUACAGGUGUGGCCAUAUGUGCACCUGCUUCAACUGUGCUGAUCAGCUGAAAUCGAGCAGCGAGAGUUGCCCAAUCUGUCAAUCUCCUAUCGACGAUGUUGUUCGGGCUCACCUGAAUUUUUGA